AACAAAAGAUUGCAUGAAAUAGCCUGUGUGAGAUGUGAAGCCUCAGCCGCUCUAUACAGACAUUGGAGUUUAUUAGAAGUUUUUAAUUAUCGCUCUCUAAUAUUCAUUAAAAUCAUUCAAUUAAAAUGUAUUACUGUCCCCCCAAUGUUACGUUUUUAAAGCCAUGGAUAAAUCAUGGUCUCUCUCAUUGCUUUGCCGACACAAUAUUUUCGUCCUUCGCUUUUUUAUUUAUUAGUAUUUUUGGAAUAAUUCAAAUUCUAAUGUAUAUGAAAUUUUCGACUACCGUAGAUACAAGAGUUUUGCGACCAUCUUUUCUUUAUAAAUUACAAAUUUUCUGUCAUACCAUCCUUCCUUUAGCUGCUUUAAGUCGUCUUAUUUUACAAUUCACGAUUCUCUAUCAUAAAAUUCUCUAUGGUUACAUGUUCCUUAGUGCCUUUUUGUAUGCAGUUUCUUUUCCCUUUGCUUUGUUCCUUAUCUUUUUGGAGAGACAUAGAGCUUUGCCUAGUAUUCCAACUAGAGGACAUGGUUUGGUACUCUUAGUUUAUUGGACUGCAAUAUUUGUUUCCGAGAACCUUACUCUAUUAAACAUUCAGAAAGAAGAUUGGUGGUUCAAUUUAAGCAAUUUAUCUGAUAAGGUGGAAUUGGGUUACUUUGUUCUCCGAUAUUCAUGUUGCUGCUUAUUAUUUGGAAUAGGCUUAAAAGCGCCUGGUAUUCCAAAGCCGGAAGAUCUUAUCAUGUACUCUCAUUUGAGUAUUCAAGCUGAUGCUGAGAAUCUUCUUGAAAGUGGAGCACAGUCACCCCCAAGAAAUUCUUCUGCCUUUUCAGAUUUCUGGGUGAAAUGCAAGAGGUUGAUUCCAUUUUUGUGGCCAAAGAAAAAUAAGUUAUUGCAACUUAGAGUAAUUUGUUGCUUUGGUUUCCUAAUUGCAGGAAGAGUUAUCACUGUUUUUGUUCCUCAGUAUAACAAAUAUAUCAUUAACAGUUUGACUGUAGAUCGUUCCAUUAUGACGUUUAGAUGGGAUUAUAUCUGUAUAUAUGUGGCAUUUUGGUUUCUCCAAGGGCAAGGUAGCAAUAGCUUUAUGAAUAAUAUUCGUUCCUUCUUGUGGAUCAGAGUACAGCAAUACACUGUGAAAGAAGUUGAAGUAAAUAUGUACAACCAUUUACAUAGUUUGUCUUUAAAUUGGCAUUUGGGUAGAAAGAUUGGGGAAGUUUUGCGUGUCAUGGAUAGAGGUACAAGCAGCAUAAGUAAUUUAUUGGGUUACAUUGUGUUCAACAUCAUUCCCACUUUUGCUGAUAUCUUCAUAGCUGUAAUUUAUUUUGCUGUUGCAUUUAACCCAUGGUUUGGUUUAAUAGUCUUUGUUACCAUGACUAUAUACUUAGGAUCUACAAUAUAUCUUACGGAAUGGAGAACAAAAUUUAGACGGGAUGCAAAUAAGUUGGACAAUGCAGUUGAGGCACAAUGUGUUGACUCUUUACUUAACUUUGAAACAGUGAAAUAUUAUAAUGCAGAAUUAUUUGAAUCAGAAAACUACGAAAAAUGCAUUGAUAAGUACCAGGAAGCUGAAUGGAUUUCAACAGCUUCUUUAAAUCUGCUAAAUACUGCUCAGAAUACUGCAAUCAGUAUUGGUGUAUUGGCCGGAGCUUUACUUUGUGCUCAUUAUGUUGUUGAAGGAAAAUUAACAUCUGGUGAUUAUGUUCUAUUUAGCACAUACAUCUUGCAGUUAUAUACACCACUAAAUUUUUUUGGCACAUAUUACAGAAUGGUGCAAACUGCUUUUGUCGACAUGGAAAACAUGUUUACUCUACUCAGUACAGAACCAGAGAUUGUUGACAUUCCAAAUGCUCUUCCAUUGAAAAUUGGUUUUGGAGGAAUAGAAUUCAGAGAUGUUAAUUUUUCUUACAUUCCUGAGCGUCAAAUCCUGAAAAACAUUAGUUUUAAAGUUCCUGCAGGGCGCACUGUUGCAUUGGUUGGUCCUACUGGUAGCGGUAAAAGCACAAUAACAAGACUUUUAUUUAGACUUUAUGAUGUGCAAUCUGGAGAAAUUUUCAUUGAUGGACAAAAUAUAGCUAAAGUUACUCAGAAAUCUGUACGUCAGUGUAUAGGAGUAGUUCCCCAAGAUACUGUACUUUUUAACAAAUCUAUUAGGUUUAAUAUUGGAUAUGGUAGACCUUCAGCAUCUGAUGAAGAGAUAGAAGAAGCUUCUAAAGCUGCAGAAAUGCACAAUCAAAUUCUCACUUUUCCAGAUGGUUAUGAAACUAUAGUUGGAGAGAGAGGUUUGAAGCUUAGUGGUGGUGAGAAACAACGAGUUGCUAUUGCUAGAACAAUAUUGAAAGCUCCAUCAAUUGUUGUUUUAGAUGAGGCAACAUCAUCUUUGGAUACUCAAACUGAACGUCUCAUUCAAAACUCUUUGUCAAAAAUUUGUGCCAAUAAAACUAGCUUGAUUAUAGCUCAUAGAUUAUCAACUAUUAUACAUGCUGAUGAAAUUUUAGUUCUAAAAGAAGGAGAAAUUGUUGAAAGAGGAAGUCACAGUGAGCUUUUAGAGAGGAAUGGUGUUUAUGCCAACAUGUGGCAGCAGCAGUUGAAAGGAGAAGAAGAUGAAAAGAAAGGAGAAGAAGAUGAAAAAUAAAUGUUGCUAAUUUAUUCAGUCUUAAAAGUCUCAAACUGGAAGACAACUGCCAGGCAGAGACAGGCCUGGAGGAAGUUGAUUGAGAAGGCCAGGGCCCACCCGGGGCUGUCGUGCCAUUGAGGAAGGAAGGAAUUUAUUAGAUCAAAAUUCUAUGUAGUCAAAAAUAUUUAUUCAUUGUAAAUAAAUGUUUAUUUUUUAAA